GACACGGGCUGGCAGCUAGUCAGCGUGACGCUCAACUUGCAGAGCGACGGCUACCAGUGCGGGCCGUGGGCGCAUUGGUUCCGCCGCCGCCUCUUCGCCUACUGCGCGGACGACGAGCUGAUGAGCAAGCAGUCCUUUGCCGAGUACCUCUCGACCAGCCCGGGCAUCAGCCCGCUCGGAGCGCUCAGGAACAGGAGGGAGCGAGAGGCCGCCGGCGCAGCAAACACGGCCUUCAUGCACGAGGAGCGCGUGCGGCUGCGCUGGCUCCUCCGGGCAGCGGCGCGAGAGGACGCGCUUCCCUACGAGCAUCCGCUGCAGGACGCCUUCCGCCGAGCAGGGGCUGCGGCGGCAGCGCGCGCGGACGCGGUCGUGCUCGACGAGGGCUUGGAAGGCGAUGAAAAGUACUUCGACCUCUGUGACGACUCGUGA